UUAACGAUUUCAUCAUGCCUUGGGCCACAGGGUUGAAACUUUAGGAAAAAUUAAGGCGACGAGGGGAAAUUAUGAUGAUCAAAAUCAGUGUCGUUAAUGAGGAAAAAGGGAAGAGCAGGUGUGUCCGACCUGGCUUGAGAGCUCCCCCUCCCUCACCUUUUCCUCGAACGAGAAAAAAAGGUACUUGUUUUGAGCUCUCUCUUGCCUGCCUGUCAUGCACUUUGGCACGAUGUCGCCAGAUUCAUCCACUUCUUAGGGUUUUCUCUCUCUCCUUCCUCGCGAAUCCAAGAACCCGAAAGCCCUUCGAGAUUCCGCACUGUGUAAGAGCCUUGCCUUCGCUUUUUCGCCAAGAUCAAAAUCGACCCUCGUCGGCUCCGCACUCCCACCUCCCGAUCUUGGGCUCUUUUCUCUUUCUCCGGGGUCCAUUCUCAAGUGGGUGCCUCGUAUUUCCUUCCACUUCGCUCGAAGCUUCUUGCUUUUCUUCUGGGUAGUUGAGAAAAGAUCGCAAGAUUGCUUGUUCCCUUCUUCUUCUUCCUGGGUCUGGUUUGGUCUGGUUUUGGUUGGGAGUUAGGUGGAGGUACGGUGAAGAUAUCGUUCUACACUAAUCCCGACUAGUUUUCAGCUCUUCGAUUCGGCUCCUCGUACACCCGGUUGAGUUGUUUCUGCGUUUUGGGUCGCUCGGAUUUCGGGAGUUGGGUAUUUAAAUAGUGGGAACAGGGUAGUAGAUUUGUCGAUUCAGAUGGCUGCAUCUGGGGAUGGUGCUGCUUGUGUCGAUGGCGUCGAGAAGCUGGUUUCCGCGAGGAAGUCGUUGAUCCUGAGCUUGGAGAAGUCGAAAGCCCUGAGCUCGAAGCUGGAGAAAACGGGCCCGAGAUUGGCCGAGAUCAACCAGAGGUUGCCCUCCUUGGAGGCUGCCGUCCGGCCUAUCCGCGCCAAUAAGGACACCCUUGACGCUGUGGGUGGGCACAUUAACCGUGCGGUCGGCCCCGCCGCGGCGGUGCUCAAGGUUUUCGAUGCGGUUCAUGGACUCGAGAAGAUGCUGUUGUCAGAUCCGCGCAAUGAUUUGCCCGGGUACUCGUCAGUGUUGAAGCGACUCGAGGAGGCAUUGAGAUUUUUGGGGGAUAAUUGUGGAUUGGCAAUCCAGUGGCUGGAGGAUAUAGUGGAGUAUCUGGAGGAUAAUACUGUGGCAGAUAAAGGGUACAUUUCAAGUCUGAAUAAAUUAUUGCAGAGUCUUAGGGAAUUGCAGAGCGAUGGUGGAAGAGCACAUCUUGAUGGUGGGCUCCUCGAUGCGGCAUUGGAUAUACUGGAAAGUUAGUUCCGUCGGCUCUUGACGGAGCACAGUUCACCGCUUCCAAUGUCUGCUCCAUCAUCUCUUGGAGAGCAAGCUUGCAUUGCACCGUCUCCAUUGCCAGUAGCGCAAAACCUCGAAUUCAAGGAAGAGGAAGCCGCGGCUUGGUGGUUCCGGCUAGGAGGCACAAGCUCGUGUCGGGGUGGCUGAGCGAUGUUCGGCUGAGGUCUUCGAAGACCGACACAGAGGGAGGAAGACCCUCUCUCGCGGGCUGAAAGGGAAAAAGGGGGGUUGGGCUGGGCCCAAUGCAUGGAGAGAAAAGAAAAAAAGGGUGGGCUGUUGUUGUUUCCUUUUUUUUUUUUUUUUUGACUUUUUGAUUGAUUGAUUUUUAAAAAAAUAGGUGUCAACAAUAUAUUAGGCUUCUGUUGCGUGCUUUCAACACUAUAAAUCAAUAUUACUCAAUAAUGUGACAUGUUAA